UGCAUGAAAAUGGAGUUCGCUUAAAACAGAUCCCUCAAACUUCCCAUGAAGAAUUUCCGUUCUUUGGCUUAUUCCCGUGUCAUAUUUCAUUCGAAUCCAAGAUUUCUCUGUGAGUGUAUUGAGGAAGUGUACAUAAUCGAGGCGUUGAGUUUAAUGCUGCAAUUGUGCCGUGUGAAGUUGUCUAUGAAGGGAGUCGCUUGAUAGGUUCAUGUGGAUUUUCCUAACUCACUGUUUCAGGGUUUUCGGGAUUGUUUUCACAUCAGGAUGAGGAAGACGCCGGUGAUUUCCCCGCUGGAUGUGAUUUAUUGGUCAGAUCGAUUGAAGUAUUGUUUUCAUUGGUUUCAUACACCCGUCAGUGUUUUGGGCUCUCGUGCAGCAUGCUCGACUGCAGAUCGGAGGGGUUUGUGUCAAUAACGGCCUUUCACGGUGAUUUGAUGGAGAAAAUUGAGAUAUUUGCGCUUUAUUUCCCCGUCGUGAGCGCGAGCACCAUGUUAUUGCCAGGAUUUGGAUCCCCGUGAUAAAAAAAUGAGCGAAGAAUCAAAUCCAAACAGAGAUGAGAGUUAUGCACGAGUGAGAGCGGUGGUGAUGACGCGAGAUGACUCCAGUGGUGGGUGGCUUCCUCUGGGCGGCGGAGGUCUCAGCUGCGUCUCCGUCCACAGAGUCAAUCGGCCAGACACGGAUGGCACCGACUCGCAGGAGUUCCUCAUCCACGGAGAACGGCUCAAAGACAAAACGGUGGUGCUGGAGUGCAGUAUCAAGAGGGAUUUGGUGUACAAUAAAGUGAACCCGAUCUUCCACCACUGGAGAAUUGACAACAAGAAGUUUGGACUGACCUUCCAGAGUCCAGCAGACGCCAGAGCCUUCGACAGAGGAAUACGGCGAGCCAUGGAGGACAUUAAACCAGGCUGCCCACUGUACAGCGACACAGACGCUCCUGACGACGCAUCAUCACGGGCCAAACAGGAGUCUCCGUCUUUGUGUAUGCCGGUGCGAGACGUCUUCUCUCCAAAAGCAUUCCGAGGAUCUUACGUUCGAGCCGAGCCGUUCGAUGAGAGUUACACUGCCAACCGCCGAUAUCUGCCGCCACAUCAGGUUUCCUUCAACACAAUCCGUCACGUAAGCUUUCAGAUGGACGACGAGGAGAUCGUUCGCAUUAAUCCCCGUAAGGACGUUCUGAUCCGAGGCUACGAGGACUACCGUCACCCCGUCCUGUGGAAACAAGACACCGAGCGUGAGGAAUUGGGCUUCAACGGCACCAUCUCCAAAACGGAUGGGAAGAAGUGCGAGUAUCUUUACCCAGAGGGCUCUGAGAGUGCCAAAGACUCCAUAAAGACUCAGCAGCCAUCGCCGCUGCUCAAGUCCAAGGCGUCCCGGCGGCGGCGCGAGGACGGCGAGCGCUCGCGCUGCAUUUACUGUCGUGAGAUGUUCAAUCGUGAGGACAACUGGCGCGGCCAGUGUCAGGACGCGCCCGACCCCAUCAGACAGUGCAUCUACAAGCUGAGCUGCAUGCAGUGUGCCGAGAGCAUGCUGUACCACUGCAUGUCUGACUCGGAGGGCGACUUCUCAGACCCGUGCUCCUGCGACACCAGCGAGGACCAGUUCUGCGUGCGCUGGCUCGCUCUGCUCGGCCUGUCGCUCGUCGCACCCUGCAUGUGCUGCUACCCGCCGCUGCGUGCAUGUCACCGCUGCGGGGAGGCGUGUCACUGCUGCGGCGGCAAACACAAGGCUGCAGGGUGACCGUGUGUGCGUGUAAACGGCUGCAGUGUUUUUCGAUCACUUGCGAGAGGCGUUCCUCGCCACCAGAGGUUUGAUUGAGCUGCUGCGAGCAGAUGAUCAGAUCAGAGCUCGUCACGUCACGAGGAGAGAGUUCUUUAACGCACGCACGCGGAGAGAACACUCGAUGACACGACACGCCUAGAAGUGUUUGUACAGAGAUCAAACAAUUAUAACAAGAAAUUAAUACAAAUUGUGCAUAAAACAGGAUGUACUGUAUGAGUGUGCUAAAAGGGAUUGGUUUUGUUUGUGUAUUUGCAGUUAUUAACCGUGUGUGGAACUCAAACAUUAUUAGACAGAAAGAUGCACUAGAUACUGUAUGUUUUUCCCUUCUGAAAGGUAACCACACUUACGAAAACGUUAUUGUCAUAAAUCUUUAGUAUUCUUAAUGUUAUUGGUGUAGAUGGACAUUCUUUUAAAAACACGUCCUUGUGUUAAUGGCACUGCACAGAGGAAAUAUCGAACUGAGAGCUAUAAUAUAAUAUUAGUAUAUAUUAUGUCCAAAACAAGGGACCAGUUUGACACAUUUACAUGAAUUCUCUUUUGUGUUUUCAGUUUCAACGCUUCGGUCCUGAUAUAACCGCAUUCAUCAUGAGCAGUGUUAGCUGUAAUUUGAUUACAAAGAUGUAAGUUACGGUAAUCACUUACCGUACGUGAAUAAAAAUGACUUUUUAUUCACACAGUAGUGUAAUGCAUUACAUCUGAUAUUUUUAGCAUCAGGUAAGACAUUCACUUUUAAUUAAGGUAAUUAUUUUGAAGUUAUUUCUAAAAUAUUAGAAUACGCAAGUUAUGUUAUGAAUGACUUGUGUGCGCGAACAAACAGUGAAAAUAAGACAUUAUUUAGAAUUUUCUUUUUUUUUAAGUAACCUAAAAGUAAUGUGAUUACUUUCCCAGGAAGUAAUCAGUCAAGUAAAAAGUGAUUACAGUUUUAAAGAAGAAAUUUGUAAUUUGUCAUAGAUUACUAUUUUGAGUAAUUUAGUCAACACUGAUCACUAAUGUGUCCAUAAUGAAUUAAACAAGCACUUAAAAUAGGAAUGAAUUGAGUCUCUAAAAGAGACAAACGGUCUUGUAAAGGCGCUUUAGAGUCACAUUUGAGCUUUUGUCGUAUAUUAAAAACUUAAAAACACACAAUGCCUGAAUAAUAUAAUGGAGACCUCACAAAAGUUGUGUCAAUACAGCAAAAUAUUGACGUUAAUAUUCUUUAUAGUGUAAUAAAAGUCUUUAUUUUACAUGCAUGUUUAUAGAUGUUUUUUUGUAGUAAAAUAUAAUUCAUUUCUAAAUCACUAAUAAUCAUUUACGAGUUCAAGACCAUUCUGUGGGCACAAAUAUAUUGUGAAGAUGUUAAUAUCAGUUUAUUUCUGUUGACAGAAAUUUCACCUCUGACAUCAUCGCCACACUUUUCUUUCUAUGCAAUUCUAUUCUCAUGAGGAACUCUACGGUACACAUCUGCAACACUCGUGUAAAUAACGAUCACUAUAGUAUUUCAGCAGUGAUUUGACCUGAGACAUACAUUUAUCUCUGCUAACCGGGUGUGUGUGUAUAUUGUGGUUUAAUUGGUGUUCAUAGCUCACCUUGUAAUAUAAUCUCACAUUGAAAAGAGUCAGAAGCAGAUGAGAAUGACGCUUGAUGUGUUAAUAAAGAUGAAUUCUAGUUUUGUAUCGCUGACAGAUGGACUGGAGACCUGUGACAUGCAACAAAGGCCACCAUCCACUCGAAGCUGCUAGACACAAUCAUUAAUGUAACAGAAUGACUGUUAAACAUGACGUAGAUCUCCGAUAUCAUCACACGCUUGCAUUUCAUUGUGUUUUGUUGCUUUAUAUCAGUCCUUCUGCCGGUGGGUCGCAUUUGAUUUAAGGGAGGCGUAAUGUGGAUUCACACACACCUCUGUGUGCAUGUGGCAUAUGCAACUUCUUUGCUUUUUUACCGUUACUCACGUGCUGCUAUCGUUUUCACUGUAACCAUGGAAAUAUAACUCUGGAAUGCAUAAGACAAUGUACAUUGACGUUUUCUUGGUUAUGAAAUGCCAAUGUUGAGUCGGGUGUGUUUGACAGUCGUUCAGUGGUGUGUCGUUUGGCUUGCCGUAGUGACUCUUGUGUAUCGAUGAUGAUGAUCACCUGCUCGAUUAGUUUCAGUGUCAUCAGCUUCAUUCUUCACGACCCUGAGAAAGUGCCUCACUCAUUCACAUCCUCCACAGUUCUGUUGCUCUUUAUCUAUGGAUCUGUAUUUCUAUCUUGGUUUGAAAGUACUAAAUAUAUGAUGAUGUAAUAUUUAUAGUUCAGUAACUCGUGUCAUAGUUGUAUUUUCUGUGUACAGAUGUAGCUUGUUACUUUCAGAAUUAUACAAUGUUAAUAUGCAUACAAAUGUUUUAAUGUUACACUUAUUACAUAUAUUAACAUUACCAUAAUAAAAAAGUGAAUUUCAUGUUUUGCCGUGUGUGUGUGCAGUUCAUUGCUUAGAACAGACCUGAUGGUUUGUGUGUGUGUGUGCGCCGUGUAUGAGCAGCUUUAAAGGUACAAUGUGUCGUAUAUUUCUGUACUAAAGCAUCAAAUUAUCAUCAUAUGUUAUCAGAGAUUUAGGAAAUGUGCUAAGUUGAAAUAAUGGCUUCUCCGAAAACAAUGUUCCAGCCAGUAUAUUGUACUUUGAAAUGUUUGUUCCCGGGUUGCCAGAUUUGAAACAAGUUAGCGGCCAAACACAGAAGCCAGCAAUACAUCUAUCUGACAUUGGCAGAGUUAUAAAAAAUCCACAGGAGCUGGUUUAUAUUUUGCAAACAAUAAAAAUGUGACUGUAUAUUUCAGUGUUUCCUAACCUCUGUG